UCAGUAGCAGCAUCAGCAGCAUCACCAUGGGUAACCAGGAGCUGGAGGACGUCUUCGUGGCCGUCAUCCGGCCCAAGAACACCGCCAGCCUGACCUCCAAAGAGUACCGCGCCAAGGCCUAUGAGAUCCUGCUGAUCGAGGUCCCUCAGGAAGGAAAGGAAAAGAAGAAGAAGAAGAUUCUUCUGGGAACUAAAAUCCAAGCUAACGGAGACAGAACCAAAUCCAUCUUGGAUUACGUCGACGAAACCACCAAGCCCAUCUCAAAUAAUCAGGGUCUUAUUGGUAAGCGCGUGGUGCACAUGAAGAGGUUUCCCCUCGAUGGCGAGCGAGACGGAAAAGAGGCCUCGCUAUUUAUCGUGCCAAUCAAUGUCAAAGACAACAGUAAGCCUUCCUUCCAGCCCGGCUCUCCUAGUUUCUUCUGUCUUCAGGACAUCAUGCGCGUCUGCAGCGAGACCAGCGCUCACUUCUCCCCAAUCACAGCCAGGAUGCUGCUGGCUCUAGACAAGUGGCUUGCUGAGCAGCAUGCGGUUCCUCACGCCAUCCCGGCGCUGUUCCGUCCCGCCCCCCUGGACCGCAUCAAGACCAACGUCAGCAACCCUGCGUACCCGGCUCCGGGGGACACGUGGCCCAGUGACGGCCCAGCUCCGCUCCACAUGGGCUACACUGCGCUGGAGAUCAAGACCAAGAUGAUGUCACUGGAGAAGGCGGACAUGUGCGUUAUCAACCCCCUCUACGGGUCAGACCUGCAGUACACCAACCGGGUGGAUAAGGUGAUCAUCAACCCCUAUUUUGGCCUGGGGGCUCCUGACUAUUCCAAGAUCCAGAUCCCCAAGAGGGAGAAGUGGCAACGGAGCAUGAGCAGCGUCACGGAAGACAAGGAGCGCCAGUGGGUGGAUGAUUUCCCGCUGCAUCGGAGUGCGUGUGAAGGAGACGUGGAGCUGCUGGCCAAACUCCUGGAGACGCACUCAGUCAAGCAGCUGGACAGCGACCACUGGGCCCCCAUACACUACGCAUGCUGGUAUGGUAAGGUGGAGGCCACUAAACUCCUCCUGGAUAAGGGCAACUGUAACCCCAACCUGCUGAACGGCCAGCUGAGCUCCCCGCUGCACUUCGCUGCCGGAGGGGGACACAAGGAGAUCGUGCAGAUACUGCUGCAACACCCGGAGAUAGACAGGCAUAUUGAGGACCAACAGAAGAGGUCGCCUCUACAGCUGUGUGAGGAGAACAAACAGCACGAGUGGGAGGAGACGGCAAAACUCCUGCAGGAGGCCAAUAGCAAACCAUAUGAGAAGGUGCGUAUCUACCGUAUGGACGGCUCCUAUCGCUCGGUGGAGUUGAAACACGGUAACAACACCUCCGUGCAGCAGGUUAUGGAGGGCAUGCGCCUCUCGCAGGACACACAGCAGUACUUCACCAUCUGGAUCUGCUCCGAGAACCUCAGUCUGCAGUUGAAGCCGUACCAUAAGCCUCUUCAGCACCUGCGUAUCUGGAAUGAGAUCGUAUCGGACCUCACGGCCCUCGACCCCCAGAGAGAACACCCACAGCUCUUCCUACGACGAGACGUCAGGCUGCCACUGGAUAUAGAGAAAAAGGUUGAAGACCCCCUCUCCAUCCUCAUAUUAUUUGACGAGGCGCGCCACUGCCUCCUGAAGGGAUACUACCCCUCCCCCGACUCCAAGCUCAUCACGCUGGCCAGCCUGCUGCUUCAGAUCAUAUACGGCAGCUACGAGAGCAAGAAGCACAAGCAGGGCUUCCUCAAUGAGGAGAAUCUGAAGUCCAUCGUUCCUUUAUCUAAAGUGAAGAGCAAAGCACACCACUGGACCAACAGGAUACUACACGAGUACAAGAGUUUGAGUACCAGUGAGGGCGUGAGUAAAGAGAUGCAUCACCUCCAGCGCCUCUUCCUCCAGAACUGUUGGGACAUUCCGACCUACGGCGCCGCCUUCUUCACCGGGCAGAUCUUCACAAGCUCCUCCCACCACAAGGUCAUCCGCGUAUACGUGGCCGUCAACACCAGGGGGCUCCACUUCAUGAACAUGGAGACCAAGGUGCUGCUGAUCAGUCUGGAGUACGGCUCCUUCAUGUGGCAGCUGGGGCAGCAGGACCAGAACUUCCAGAUCAUCAGCGUCCAGAACAAGAUGAACUUCAAGGUCCACACCAAACAGGCUGGCCUCAUCGUGAAGCUACUCAUCAAGUUAAGUGGUCAGAUCGUUCCAAACGACCGGGUUUCAGCAGACAAGUAUGCCUACGGUUAACGUCAGAAUGUGUUGUCAGGGUGUGUAUGUGUGUGUUGGUGUGUGUGUGUGUGUGUGUGGUGUGUUGCUUUGUACUUUUUUUUAUAAAAUGUGAUUGCAUAUUUCCUUUUUGUGUCGGAACAUUUCUUGUUUUUUUUACUUGUGCAUACAAUAAUGCUGUAUGAUAUUACUCAGUAAGGAGCUGUUUCCACGUAGCAGGAUAUUUUUAUAUCUGGAUAUUUUUUUCUCCUUUUCUCCUUACAUUGGUAUUGGCCUUGUUUCCAUGUAAGCAGAUUUUUAAAACCCACAUAUCAAAAGGCAGGCUUAUAUCUCAUUUAGGGGCCUAAAAUGCAUCUGUUACAAUGGAGUUUUUAUUUUUAUCCCCAUGUUACAUUUCCACCUAAACAGGAGAAAAAAAAAUAUCUUCACUUAAAAAUAUUCUGCUACGUGGAAACAGCACCUAAGUGCUAUUCAAAUGAUGUUUCCCCUUAGCAUUACAAAUGUCUGGUCAUUUUAAUAUUCCCCAGAGGACUGUAAAUAUGUGUAUGUAAUGGUUCUGUUUUAUUAAAAUGAUGAUGAAUAAUAUAUCCCUAAACUGAU